GUUGACAGGGCCUCCAGCCAAUUACGGUCCCACGCUAGGGAAGGGGCGGUCACCGAGGGCGGAGCCUGUGGUCUGCGAGCGCUGCCCAGCGCGAGGCAGAGCGGAGUCUCGUGUUUGGAGCUUCCCGGAGCGCACGGCUCGCGAGUUCGGUGCCCAACUUUCUGACGGCACAACUUGAACUAAAACAACCGCAAAUUUUAUAAAAAGAAUCACGACGAAAGGGGGAGGACCGAAAACUUCUUUUUUUAGUGUGUGGCCCUGCUAUUUUUUUUCUUAAGAAAAGAUAGGAAGAGAGCGAACGGACAGACGGAAAGCUUGUUUUUGAAAAGGACAUUUGAAAAGCUGGCGAGCCGCUCUCCGGGGAAUCUCGCCGACUUCUCUGCGCCUUGGGGGGCUGCCGAGCUGCCGGCUUCUCGGCUCCCCGGAGCUGACGAAGCGACACCCCCGAGCGCCGCGGCCCCUGUCCGGACUCCCCCCUCCCGCCCGGGCGGCCAGGGCGCAGCGCGCGGAGCCACGGCGGUCCAGCCCGUCGCGCUGAACUGAUGCUCCGGAGAAAGAGCGAGUUUCCCUCGCUGGUCCGCUUGUGCGUGGAUCCGGGACCCCCGCGCCGGGCGCAGGACUGAGUUUCGGGCGCGUUGCUGGAGGGGUUCGGGGGUUCGUGUUGGGAGGACGAUAAAACAGCAGCCCCACGGCAGAGAAAUCCGGAUUCGGAGGCGCGUCUGGGACUGGACGGCCCUGCUGCAGGUUUUCAAUAAAAGCACUUUUUUUUUCACAAACAGAACGACCUCUCCCCCCCCAGUACAGACCCUCACCCCCCUCCUGUGUGACAGGACACGGGCGAACGGCCUCGGCGAUUUGCAGAAGAGGGAUUAGACGCUUUAACACGGCUAAAUCCCCGCAUUUAAAUCGGAACCGCGCCCGGCGCCUUUUGGAUCGAUCAGUCCGACAGAGCCGGGCAGGGAGACGGGCUCUCUCUCAUCCUGAUGCGGGCAGCGCCGCCGCCGGAGACCCUCCUUUCCUGCUGACUUCUUCUCCCGAAGUAUUUCCAGCGACUCUUUUGCCCCGCGAUCGGCUUGGGGUGGUGUCCACCCUCCUGUGCCGCGGGCGUCAUGGGCUCGGGAGCCGGGGGCGUGCUGGCCCUGCUGUGGGCGCUGUGGCUGGGCCCGGCCGGGCUGGCCGGAGCGGUGGAAGAGACCCUCAUGAACACCAAACUGGAGACGGCAGACCUCAAGUGGACAAACUACCCCCGCAGUGACCCGCAGGGAGAAGCGUCCUGCGGGGUCAGCCUGGGAAAGCCAGCAGCUCCUCCUUGGGUCACUCGGGGCGCAGUGUCGGUUGAGAAGGAGUCUGUCGUGCCCUUUGCUGUGUUAACGCUUCUGCUUUCUGCCCUGCUCUCUCUCCCAGCCUGCCUCCCAGGUCAGUUUAAAUCCACUGUGGGGGACCAGCAGUGCCUGCCCUGCCCGGCGAACAGCCACUCCGCCUACACCGGCUCCGCAGAGUGCCAGUGCCGGACGGGCUAUUACCGGGCCGAAUCGGACCCCCCCCACACGCCCUGCACCACGCCCCCCUCGGCCCCCCGCAGCGUGGUGUCCCACAUCAACGACACUUCGGUCGCCCUGGAGUGGAGCGAGCCGCUGGACCGCGGGGGGCGCUCCGACCUCGUCUACGAGGUGCUGUGCCGGCGCUGCGGCGCCGCGGGCGGGUCCUGCUCGCCCUGCGAGGAGAGCGUGUCGUACCGGCCGGCGCAGCGCGGGCUCCCCGGCCGCCGCGUGGUCGUGUGGGGGCUGGCCCCCUUCACCACCUACAGCUUCGAGAUCCGGGCUCUGAACGCGGUGUCGCCACGCAGCCCCACCCCCCCGCCCAGCGAGACCGUCAACAUCACCACGAACAGAGACGUGCCGCUGCCCGUGUCCGACAUCAAGGAUAAAGAGGUGACCGACAGCAGCCUGACCCUCUCCUGGCCCAGCCCAGCCCAGCCCCACUACAGCAUCCUGGACUACGAGGUCAAGUACUAUGAGAAGGAGAAGGGAGAGAGGGACAGUGUCCAGUUUGUCAAGAGCAGCACGAACUCCGUGGUGCUUGGCGAGCUGAAGAGAGGGACUGUGUACGUGGUCCAGGUCAGGGCCCGCACCAUGGCCGGCUACGGAAGUUACAGCCCACUCGUGUCCUUCCGCACCCAGCCGAACGCUCUCUCUCUUAUUUUCCACAUCCCCAGGAAACAUGGAGGAGGGAAGGACCCUGAACUAAGUGACAAGCAUGGACACUACCUCAUCGGCCAGGGCACGAAGGUGUAUAUUGAUCCCUUCACCUACGAGGACCCUAACGAGGCGGUGAGGGAGUUCGCCAAGGAGAUUGAUGUCUCCUGUGUGAAGAUAGAGGAGGUGAUCGGAGCUGGAGAGUUUGGGGAGGUGUGCCGGGGGCGAUUGAAGGUUCCGGGCAGGAAAGAGAACUAUGUGGCCAUCAAGACCCUGAAGGGCGGCUACACAGACAAGCAGAGGCGGGACUUCCUGAGCGAGGCGAGCAUCAUGGGCCAGUUCGAGCACCCCAACAUCAUCCGGCUGGAGGGUGUGAUCACCGCCAGCUGUCCGGUCAUGAUCCUCACCGAGUACAUGGAGAAUGGAGCGCUGGACUCCUUCCUGCGGCUGAAUGAUGGCCAGUUUACCCCCAUCCAGCUGGUGGGGAUGCUCCGCGGAAUCGCCUCGGGGAUGAAGUACCUGUCGGAGAUGAGCUACGUGCAUCGAGACCUGGCUGCACGCAACAUCCUGGUCAACAGCAACCUGGUGUGCAAGGUGUCCGACUUCGGGCUGUCCCGCUUCCUGGAGGAGAACUCGUCUGAUCCCACCUACACCAGCUCGCUGGGUGGGAAGAUCCCAAUCCGCUGGACAGCUCCCGAGGCCAUCGCGUUCCGCAAGUUCACGUCGGCCAGUGACGCCUGGAGUUACGGCAUCGUGAUGUGGGAGGUGAUGUCCUUCGGCGAGCGGCCCUACUGGGACAUGAGCAACCAGGAUGUGAUCAAUGCCAUAGAGCAGGACUACCGGCUGCCGCCCCCGCCGGACUGCCCCACCGCCCUGCACCAGCUCAUGCUGGACUGCUGGCAGAAGGAGCGCAGCGCCCGGCCGCGGUUCACCAACAUCGUCAGCGCGCUGGACAAGCUGAUCCGCAACCCCGCCAGCCUCAAGAUCAUAGCCCGGGACCCUGCGGGGCCGUCCCACCCCCUCCUGGACCAGCGGUCGCCCUCCCUCUCAGCGUGCGGCACGGUGGGCGAGUGGCUGCGGGCGAUCAAGAUGGGUCGGUACGAGGACAGCUUCGUCCAGGCCGGCUUCACCUCCUUCGAGCUGGUGGCUCAGAUCUCCACUGAGGAUCUGCUCCGUGUCGGGGUGACCCUGGCUGGACACCAGAAGAAGAUUCUCUCCAGCAUCCAGAGCCUGAGAAUGCAGGGGAAGGGCCCCCAGCCGCCCCGCUUCUGACCCCCCCAGCUCCGCGCCCCCCGGGGCAGGGGGGAGCGCCGCAGGGGACGCACACGUCCACGCGGGGGCCAGGGGGCUCAAACACUCCUCAGAGAGAUCCCCGCGUGGCGGGGGGGUUUCAUUCGCUGUAUUUUAUCGGUUUUAGACGACAUGGUGCUGUAAUCUCGGGGGCGCAGCUGUCCAGCUGCAGCAGCGUUGUGACAAAGCGCACAGACUUGUCCUUUAAACUGGGCUGCGUUCAGGAAGGCGCGAACUUCGGAAGGACACGCCUUUCGGCCUGUGGGACUCCCAGUAGGCCACCGGGUUUCCAGGCAGCCCCCAUGAGCAACAAACCACAGCAGGCAAUACGCUCAAUCUCUCGCCCCCUCCGGGACUGUGAGGAGCAAGGGGCGUUGGGGAGCGCUCUGCUGAUCAGACUCUCACCGCAGGCAAGAGUGCACCCUCAGCCAAUCACAGCGCAGGGAGGGGACCCGCGCUGCUUUCACACGAGCUGAUUGGUGCAGAGACCUGUCAUUGAGACACUGGAGUUUUUGACUUGGUGGAUUGACAGUUCACCUGUGGCCCACUUUGACACCGAUUUGAGAUGGGGGCCUGUGGGAGGACUGGAAUGGAUGUAUUUGAAAGGGGGAGAAAUAAAUCUGGUUGUUUUUGCUCGUGGACUGUGACGAAGCCGUAAUCUGUGGCUGUGGGACUUGUUCUUGAACGACAGCUGACCGUCAGCACACUGAGAGUUAAACCAUGGGAGUUAAACCAGAUCUUCAUAUUGAAGGUCUUAUAAAAUCAUUUUUUACUGGAUUUUCUACAUCUGAAUAUAUAAAAAUAAUAACAUGUUGGGACUGGGAACGUGCAUUUAUCCCAGCGAUGUAUCUCAGUGUUUAAUCAGAAUAAACAUUUUGAGCACUGUUUUAUGA